UCCACCCACCAAGCAGCAAAAAGCGUCUCUGUGCCCCAAAGUGCAGCCGCAGACGCGCCAAGCUGACAGACAGGCGGUGCUGCGCCAUCAACUCCGCCAGCUACGAGGCACGAAGACAAGAAGACACUUGCUCGGAUGUGUUUAUUAUCGCACUGCAGCCCUCCAAGAGAUGAGGAAUGGGACGGUCAAGGUGUAGAACUUCUUCCCGUCACGCGCACUUUGGGAGCUUGUGAUCGGAGGAUUCCAUCUUGUUUUUUCUUCCCCAAAAAGUGGUGAAUAACCUGGAUAAGCGUUUGAACAAGGACGCGCCUCAUGUUGCGUGGCCGUGCCGCUGUCGCCCCCAAGCUGGGACUCCUCCACCUCCGGCGACUCCUCCUCGGAGCCGUGUGCGUAAAAGGCGCACUGAGGUCCGCGUAGGAGUUGAAGGAAGGUGGGCUCUACCUUCCUCUUCUUCUGCCGCUUCUCCUCGUUUUGCCCCCUCCCUCUGUGUGCGCUCAACGGAAGCAGGUGUAUUUGUGUGCAACGUCAAGAUGUCGCUGCUGCCUUCCAGGUUCUUUUACCUGUGUUUACAUUUCCUGGUCCUCUAUUUUCAACUACAGGAGUCCCAGCAGAGCUCCGCCGAUUUCAGGUUCUACAUCGAGAACCACACGAGAAACCCGGACGACCUGAGCCGCAAGCAGGUCCGCAUCUACCAGUUGUACAGCAGGACCACGGGCAAGCACGUCCAGAUCCUCGGGAAGAAAAUCAACGCCAACGGAGAUGAUGGGGGCAAGUAUGCUCUCCUGGUGGUGGAGACGGAAACCUUCGGCAGCCACAUUCGAAUCAAAGGGAAAGAGAGCGAGCAUUACAUCUGCAUGAACGAGAAGGGCAAAAUCGUCGGAAGGCCCGACGGAAGGAAGCAGGAGUGCGUGUUCGUGGAGGAGUUCCUGGAGAACAACUACACGGCCCUGGUGUCGGCCAAGUACAAAGGCUGGUACCUGGGCUUCAACCGCAAGGGGCGGCCCAAGAAGGGCUCGCGGACCACGCAGCGGCAGCAGGAGGUCCACUUCAUGAAGCGCCACCCCAAGGGCCGGGAGAACCCGCUGGAGGAGUUUCGCUUCACCACAGUAACUAAGCGGACACGAAGGGCCCGGCGGCUAAAACCCAGGAGGAACUGAUGGACCCGUGGGACAGCACUCGUGUUGGGAGGACGGGAGCGACUUUGUUUAAAAGAACAAAUAAGAUGUUUUAUUUUUGUACUCUCGGAUGCGUCAGUGGUUUUAUUUAUACUCGCUGGAUGAAACGGUGACGUUUGGACCGCCAUAAAAACCGGCCAAAUGGGAUUUAUUGGUUUUUGUUUGUGUUGCCCCUGACGACCAGGAUGCCAUACUUUCCACUGGAUGGGGACGCCGUGGAGACGCAAAGGAUGACUGUGUUGCUUUGAGUGCAAUAUUUGACGCAUCUUUUUUGGGGGGGUUUCAACCUCGGCGACGGAAUGCGCUCUGCGACACGUCCGCUUGUGCUUUUUCUUUAGCCCUGACAACAAACGCAAACAUCAAAUGGUCUUCCGCCGCCUUCAUCCCAGCUCGCCCUCCAUGGACGCACUACUGGACUCGCUGCUCCACAAACGGACGGGAUCUUUUGGGUUUUUUGUGAUGAAGACUUCCUCUACCUCCUUUUGUUUUUUGUCGUGUUGUCGAGAACUCUUCUUCUUCGCGGUCCACAGACUGGAAGACUGUCGCUGGAGUGCAACGUUUCUUCUCUCCAGUAAUGUGUACUCACCCGUCUACUGGCUGUUACUAACAACGUGACACAUUUAUGAUCUCUUUUUUUUUCUCAAAGAAAAAAAACAAAUGUAAGCAAAAUAAUUUUAUGACUAUUAUUAAGAUAUUUAUUGCCUCCCCUUUGUAAAUAAAAUGUGAUAAGUUUUAUUUGG